GAUCUGGAGCACAAACUUCCAUUUUGGCAUGUUCCCGUGAAGGCCCCGAGCCUGUGCGUGCCAGAGGCAGAAAGCAAACACGAUCCUUUCCCUCUCCUUAGGGAGGGAUACAACAAUCCCCAGGUGUCUGGUGAGAACCUGAUUGGCCUCAGCAGGGCCCGUCGCCCGCACAACGCUAUCUUUGUGAACUUUGAUGAGGAAGAAAUCCCAUCUAAGCCCCUGGAUGCUGCCGUACAGACCUGGAAGAAAGUGUGCACCAAUCCUGUGGAUAAGAAGGUGGAGGAAGAGCUGAGAAAGCUCUUUGAAGUGCGUCCUGUCUGGUCUCGGAAUGCAGUAAAAGCCAAUAUCAGUGUCCACCCGGACAAGCUGAAACUUCUGUUGCCGUAUUUGGCCUAUUACAUGUUGACAGGUCCUUGGAGAAGCUUAUGGGUCAGGUUUGGGUAUGACCCCAGAAAACACCCUGAAGCAAAGAUUUAUCAAGUACUGGACUUCCGAAUUCGCUGUGGAAUGAAAUAUGGUUACGCCCCCAAUGAUAUGCCUGUGAAAGCAAAACGCAGCACGUAUAACUACAGCCUGCCCAUCACUGUCAAGAAGCCAGGUAUGCUGUGCCAGCAGAAGGGCUUUCUUGGGUUAAACAAGCAGCGAAGAUGGCAAAGAGCAGCUGGCAUACGAGUCCGGAGAGGAUGAGGAUGACCAAGAGGAGGAAGAGGCCUUCUGAUGGGAGUGAAAAUGAAAUGGAAACAGAAAUUCUGGACUAUGUGUGAACUCAGUGAACAGUCUGGCUGCUGCUGGACAGAAUCAUCUCUGCUCUUGUUCCUUGAGCGCUGAGGCUUCAGCCACCAUGCCCAGGAUGUGGGGAAGCAGAACUUGCACUAAGAUGCCAAUGACUUGUCUGCACUGAGUGCUGUGCCUGCCGAUGAGCAUCAUUGUGGAUGUUUGGGAGCCAGUGCCUCCGUUUUUGUAAUUGCUGGCUAAUAAGCCUUCAAGGGAGCUCAACAAACUCCCAAGAAAGAGCUCAGAAUCCAAACCAGCUGGUAAUACCCCAAAAAAAGAGGAGAAGUUGCAUUCCCAAAUCUCUCUGUGCCUGGGAAUUACACCUUGGCUGACUUGGAGGCCAUGUGGAAAACAGAAAAGGUGCCUGAGGCAGCACUGGGGGAAGCACACUGGUGCUACUGGGGGGGGGGUCUCUCAGGCAAGUGCUGCCCUUCUGCUUGUCUAAGGAGAAUGGAAAUGCUGUGCCAUGGUUUCAGCAUCAAGCCCCACUGGCAAUCCACGAAAUAAAGCCAGCAGGGAAAAGUGCUUUCUGACAGUGAAUAAUUCACUUCUCUGGGAUGUAGCAUAUGUUGUCCUCACUAGCUAGUGCACCUCUCAAUUCUGUUUUGACUUCCCUGGUAAUUUAGCAAGGAUGGAAGGAAGCAGGCACUGGGGCAGAGCUUCGGGUCUACAGAACUUGGCCACUCAUUAGUCUGCCCUUGUGGGCUGGGUUGUUACCACCCAGUCACAGCAGUUGAGGAUCUGCUGGCAUCUCCUGAGUGUUGUGCAUCCCCCAGUGUGUUAUGAGUACAAGGUUUCUCAUUUGUGGCCGAUAAUGUGCUGUAAUGCAUGGGUUAAUAUGAUUUCAGCCUCCUGCACUUGUGUGAGGCUUCUCAAUUUCUCUGGCGUUUUGUUAGCCUGAGCUAUUUCCUUAGGUUUGGCCUCCAGCCCACAAAAGCGACAUCUGCAGGGCUCUCACUCAGUGACACAGCCGUGCUCCUGGAUACGUAUGCGUGUGUAUGUAUACACACACAGAAUCUGCAUUUGUGGACUGGCUCUUCAGGUGUGCACUCACCACAGCUCACUGGGAGAUCCUGUGCUUUGCCUUGUGCUCCUGCCUUGGGGUAGUGCGGCUGCAACCGUAAGUACAACAGCAUUUCUUAGGGCUUUAAGACUUUAUAACUGGGGAGGGAGCUCUGCAUUGCUCCGUCUGUCUGAGGGCACCUCCAGCCAGGGUAAGGUGCAGGUCCUGGCAAUGCAGCAAUCCAGAGGCCUGAGGGGCUGUGCCACAGACUUACCUUCUCAAUGCAAUGCAACAGGGAACUAAGAAAAAAAAAAA